AAAAGGUUGAGAAACGCUGGUAUAGAGUGGUGAAGGAUUCAUUCUAAAUUUUAUUAAAUUUCAAUUUAAUGAAUUGAAAAAAAAAACAGUGUUGUUCUGUUUAUAACUUGUGCUUUACACUGUAUGUAUCGUUUCCUGAAUUUCAGAACAAUUACAUAAUGUGUAUAAUUUUAAAUCUUUGAUAAGAGUAAGAAAAGAUGUCUUGUAACAUUAUUUUAAACAAACCCAGAGUAUUUCAUCCACGUGAUAAUAUAAAUGGAAGAGUAGUGGUAUCAUUUGAUCAUGAAGAACAUAUAGAAGGAAUCAGGUGUAGCUUUCGUGGACGUGAACAAGUCCAUUGGACUGAACAAAAAGAUAAAGAAAUCGUACACGUUGGAGCACAAAGUGACUUUUUGGUGCAGAAUAUUGUGUUAGUCGGAGAAGAAGGAUAUAUGAAACCGGGCACCUAUGAGUACCAAUUUUCAUUUACGUUACCUUCUGGAAACAUACCAUCACCAUUUGUAGAAGAGUUUGGCUCUAUUCGUUAUCUCGUGCAGGCGAAGGUAGACCGAGCAUCUAAGGUAGAUUACAAAGAUGAAUAUGAGAUAAAGUUUGAAGUACCGACAACUCAAUAUGUUGAACUUUCACAAAACGAACAACUUACGUAUCAAGUAGGAAAGGAAAUAAACAAAAAUGAAUAUGCUGCGCUGUUUUUAAUACUAGAAAGUGACACCUAUGUAUUGGGUAAUGAAAUGAGUUUUACUGUGGAACUCAAAAAUAGAUCUAAAUUAAAAAUUCGAAGACUACAAGCAGAAUUGUCGUUGAAUAUUCAAUUUAUAUCCCCUGGUCCACCAACUAAAUGCAAAAUUCACAAAAUUUCUAUUACUAUGGUAGAAGAUGAAGGUGAACAAAAAGGAUAUACAAGAUUAUAUAAUUUCAAAUUAAAAAUACCUUCAGACGUUUUGCUCCCUAACUUUGGCAGUUGUGAUUUACUGAAAUAUUGGUGUACUCUAAAGAUAGAAGCCCUUCUACCAUCACCUCACACAAAUUUGAUUCUAGAAAAAAAUAUAAAACUGGGGCAUGUUGCUAUUGAUAGUAAAAAGAAAUAUGUCCCAUCAGCACCUCCAAUUACAGAUGUACACUUAUUUGCUUCUGGACAUAUUGAAUGCGUUUCUGAAAUUAAUCCAAAUCCAAUUUUCUACAGUAACGAGGAAGUUGGACCAAAUAAUACAGAUAAAGAUGCACCACCGCCUUCCUAUAAUGAAGUCAUUAAACAGUGAAGAUUUUCAUAGACAAGUAAUUAUACUAUACCGUUGUCAAAAAGAGAACCGGAAAAAAAUAAUUUCUUUCAAAACUAAAGUGUAUAAAUUAUUUGUAAAGUGUAAUAUAUUUUUUAUUAAUUA